CGUAAUUCCGCAUUCCUCCGCGAUGGCGGCUGUGGCGCCACCGAGUUCGCUUCCGGUCGAACUGGUUGAAUGGGCGGUGGGCGGUCACGAGGAGACCGAGCAGUCGACGGCGGCACGCAGCAAGCAGACGACCUUCGCCCGACACCGCUCGAGUAGAUUUUCUUGACAAGUUUCGAGAGCUAUGGCGCCGAUCCUCGGGUACUGGGAUGUGCGCGGAUUGGCCCAGGGCAUCCGAGACCUGCUUAUUUACAAGGGCGUCCAUUUCGAAGAUAAGCGCUACAAGUUCGGCCCGGAACCCGAAUUCAGCCGGGAGGAAUGGUUCAAGGAGAAGUUCAACCACGGACUUAAGUUUCCCAACUUGCCCUACUACAUUGACGGCGACGUGAAGCUGACGCAGAGCAUGGCCAUUAUCCGCUAUCUUGCUCGAAAGUAUGAUCUGGCGGCCAGGAACGAGGAUGAGACCACAGAGUUGGACGUUUUGGAACAGCAAGCCAGGGACUUGGCCUGGGGACUUGCGAUGGCCGUGUAUUCUCCCUCCUACGAAGAGUCUCGCAAGAAGUACGAGGACAACUUGGAAAGUGUGCUCAAGGCCUGGGACGACCACCUUCAGGGCAAGCUUUGGGUCUUGGGGGACAGGCUCACCUACGUGGACUUCCUUUUCUACGAAGCCCUGGACUGGCACUAUGAACUGAAGCCUGAAGCCUUCCAAACUUUCCCCGUUCUUGUGGCCUACCUCAAGAGAUUCGAAGAAUUGCCCAAUCUCAAGCAAUUCUUUUCUUCGCCGAAAUUCAGCAAGUAUCCGAUCCUCGGUCCCAUGGUCAAGUGGGGUUACAAGAAGGAAUAAUUUUUGCCCGAUAUUUUUUCAAUAUUUGUCAUUAAUAAACAUAUAAUUUCUCUUUUUAGGGCAUGUAUCGAUGAAAAUAUGUCGUACGCAAAGCAAUAAAAUUUUGAAUGAGUGUAGA